UGUUGACAGGAAGUGUGUGAGGCGGAAUAACUACCUCAACCUCUCUGUGCUUGUAGUUUAGUCUGACAAACAGCGGAUUUCCACAUUCGUUCACGCCUCGGAGGUAUGUGGACUUAAAUUAUGCGUCUUAAGAUCGACCCGGGGCAAAGAUGCAAUGGAGGUCGGUAGUAGUUGGUCUGGUCGUGUUAAGACUCUCUUUCAGCUGUGUGCUGUGGCUAGCCUUUGGAUUGGGACCUAGCUGGGGGUUCAACUUCCACCUCGGUUUCAAUUUGCACAAAUUAGACUUGCUGUUCAGGGAGGAGAAAGAGACCGACCCGAGGGAGAGUAGCUCGUGGUCCCAACGAAUGCAAGGACACAGGUAUGAAGAGACGGCGAGUACCUGUGCGAAGGUGGGAGAGGAGUCCACCAAGAGAUCCUACCUGAGCUUCUUCGAUGGCAACAAGGACGAGUACGUCCGGAGAUACAGCUCAUUCCCUGACACUCUGAGAGUGAAAAUGAAAGGCAUGGCCAAAGAGAUGUUUUAUUUCGGAUAUGACAAUUAUAUGAAAUAUGCCUUUCCCGAGGACGAGCUGAACCCCAUUGACUGUAAAGGGAGAGGUCCAGACGUGCUAAACCCGUCGAACAUCAACAUCAAUGAUGUCUUGGGGAAUUACUCCCUUACACUCAUUGACACCUUAGACACCUUACUGGUGCUUGGCAAUGUGACAGAGUUCCAGAGAGCUGUCAAGCUGGUCAUAGAUACAGUAUCUUUUGACAAGGACUCAACUGUGCAAGUUUUUGAGGCAAACAUCAGGAUCUUGGGAAGCCUUAUCUCAGCGCACAUUCUCCUGACUGACCCCAAACAUCCGUUUGGCAAGGUGGGCUUUGAAGGUUACGAUAAUGAGCUGCUGCACUUGGCUCACGACUUGGCCGUGCGCUUGCUGCCAGCCUUUGAGAACACCAGCACGGGCAUACCAUACCCCAGGGUGAACCUAAAGACGGGGGUUCCUCCCGACAGCAUCAAUGAGACUUGUACUGCAGGAGCUGGGUCGUUGCUGGUGGAGUUUGGCAUUUUGAGCCGCCUGAUUGGAGAUUCCACCUUCGAGUGGGUGGCUAGACGAGCUGUCAGAGCCCUGUGGAACCUGAGGAGCAACGAAACCGGUCUGUUGGGAAACGUAGUGAAUAUUCAAACAGGCCAGUGGGUCGGUAAGCAGAGUGGCCUUGGAGCUGGGAUGGACUCCUUCUAUGAGUAUUUGCUCAAGUCCUACAUCCUUUUUGGAGAAAAAGAGGACUACUGGAUGUUUCAAGCUGCUUACGAGAGCAUUCAGAACCACCUGAGAAGAGGGAGAGAGUCGUGCAAUGAAGGAGAGGGUGACCCACCUCUCUAUGUUAAUGUGAACAUGUUCAAUGGUGAGAUAAUGAACACCUGGAUCGACUCCCUUCAGGCCUUCUUUCCUGGGCUGCAGGUGCUCAAUGGGGAUGUAGAUAAUGCCAUUUGCCUACAUGCCUUCUACUAUGCCAUCUGGAAACGCUUCGGUGCUCUUCCAGAGAGAUACAACUGGCAGCUACAGGCUCCUGACGUGCACUUCUACCCUUUAAGGCCUGAGCUGGUGGAGUCAACUUAUCUGCUUUACCAGGCGACCAAAAAUCCUUUCUAUUUGCAUGUUGGAAUGGAUAUUCUCCAGAGCCUUGAGACAAAUGCCAAAGUCAGAUGUGGUUACGCCACUCUCCACCACGUAGUGGACAAAUCCAAAGAGGAUCGCAUGGAGAGCUUUUUCCUCAGUGAGACCUGCAAAUACCUUUACCUGCUGUUUGAUGAGGACAACCCGCUCCACAAAUCGGAUAACAAGUACAUCUUUACUACCGAGGGUCACAUCGUGCCUAUAGACAAGCGCUUCAGGGAGAACCGGUGGAGCGACUUGUUUCCGUGUGAGGAGGGAACCCUGGCAGAGAGAGCACUGAGCAACCAGCCACCUCCGAACAACAUAAGCAACUGUAACAGGAUCCCAGAGGAGCGACGGUACACUCUGCCGUUAAAGAGCGUCUACAUGAGGCAGAUCGAUCAUAUGGUGGGACUUUUUUGAGUUAGAGGUUGGAUGUGGUGACACUGGCACCUCCCGUGCAGACGCAUUAACACUUAGAAGGGAUCCGGUUGCUCAAAAUCCUCCUUUCAUCCGUUCCUCUGCUCAGGAAAUUGACACUAGAGAAAUCCUGAGAGAAACAGUUUGAGCACUUACUGUAUUAAAUUAAAGGUUUGUGUGGGUGUUUUUGCUGUAGCUUGCAAAGACGACAACUUCACUUUUGGAACGUGAGGAGUCGUCGUGCGUGACUGUUUGGCUGGUGGAACAAAAUUGUCUGUGCGUGUGUGCUCAGGUAUGAGUGUGUUAUACACUGCGUGUGUGCUCGUUUGAAAUUGCAGCUGAGCUGUGAAUCUUAAUGUUAUGUUUUUGGGAACAGUGCCAUCUAGCCACGCAUAUGUAAAAUGUAUAGCCUCUAAAAACACUCACCUCUACAGAAAUCUCUCUAAACAUUAUGAUUAGUGCCUCUUUGUGGUCGAUUCAUUUGACUAAAUCAAUGCUUUAAGGGCUGCAAAUUAAGAGACAAUAACAGGCGAAGGCUUUUGCACAUACUGUAAAAACUGUCUAAAAUGUUUUAACCUGCAGGAAUGGUGUUGGUCUUUCGUACAUUUAAGGCUGCUUGUCACGCAUGUUUUCCCUACAGAAAAAAAAAGCACUAGCCAUGACAAUUCUCCAUUUCCUUCUGUCUCGGAUUUUAUUUGCACAUUUGUCAAGUACCAACCCCUGUUUUCUACCUAGAGAGCAACAGGAGACAUAAACGUCUUCCUCACCAUUAGCACAUUUUUGACAGUACUGAGACCGAAGCAUUGAUCUCUCAGGCUUCUCACUGCUCGAUGUCUUACAAAGGUGACGCAAAUGUGCCAUGAACAAAAGGGAGAGAGGCUCAGAAUGACUCUUUAAAAGUGCCUUGGUUUUGUCUCGGCCUUUCUGGACGCCGUGCAGCGCAUAUUAGUUACAGAUGACGUGGGUGAAUAUGUUUAGAGACCACUGAUAUUGCACAAAAAGUGUCAUUCCAUGUGUAUGUACAGUUUUACACUGAUCGUGAUGUGAAGAUCCUUUUUUUAGACAUGAUGAAACAAGCCAUAAAAUAGAUAUUUUUAAUGUUGGUUGAUAUUUAAUUCGAGAAAAUGUAUUUGUUUUCAAUCAUUUUUCUGCCAGUGCACAAAGCCUUCUGCCUAGUUUCCUAUUUGUUCCCAGAAAUGGAUGAAAGUUGUUUUUUCUUUUCUUUUAAGUGCACAUCAUCGUACAUAUUAACUGUCAUGUGGUGAGAACUCAGGGUAUAGAAGAAACACAACUCAAUAGAUGCUUUCAAGAGAAAUAAAACUUUCUUAAAACUA